AUGUAUCAGUCCAUGAACCUAUCUUUUUCUUCUAACUUUACCCACCGGUCCAUCGUCGAACCACGAUUAUGCCCCGGGAUCUCCGCCAGAGCUCGCAGAUCCCUCCGUCUGAGUCCUUCCUGCGUCUCCUCCGGCCCAAACUCCGACGAUUCGCCUCGGAUAAACCUAUCCUCAAAGCUCAUUUCCCUCCUCAAAGCUGUUCCGAACUGGUCGGACGGCAUCAAGGAGAGACGGAUGCAGCAGAAACGCUCUCUCUACACUCACGAAAACUGGGUCAGACACAGAAGCUCACUCCGCCAUCUCCGUCACGUAUCCUCGAGCACGUCGUCACGCGUUAUAUUGUCUCUGAUCCCCCCUGUUUCCUUCUUCACCACCGUGGCGAUACUGGUCGCCGCCUACAACUCCGCCGUGGUUAUGGACUGGUUACCCAAUUUCUUCCCCGUCCUUCGAGCUUCUCCUCUUCCCUAUCAGCUGACGGCUCCGGCCCUAGCCCUGCUUCUGGUGUUUCGCACGGAGGCUUCUUAUUCGAGAUUUGAACAAGGAAGGAAAGCAUGGGUUAAAAUCAUCACUGGAACCAAUGAUUUAGCUAGGCAAGUCAUUUCUUCCGUCCAUAGUGACGAAUUGAUAAUCAGAGACACGCUUUUGCGUUACAUUGCUGCUUUCCCUGUGGCGCUUAAGUGUCAUGUGAUUUAUGGUUCAGAUAUGGCUAGUGAUCUCGGGAAUGUGAUUGAAGCAGAUGAUCUGUCUUUGAUCCUUCAAUCAAAGCAUCGUCCACGUUGUCUCCUCCAAUUCAUCUCCCAAAGCCUUCAGUUGCUGAAUCUGGACAACACAAAGAUAGAUAUGUUGGAAUCAAAGAUGCUGCAGUUACAAGAAGGGAUUGGUGUGUGUGAGCAACUAAUGGGUAUCCCGAUUCCACUUUCCUACACACGACUAACGUCAAGGUUCUUGGUCUUGUGGCAUCUUACACUCCCUAUCAUUCUCUGGGAUGAUUGUCACUGGAAUGUAGUUCCUGCUACUUUCAUCAGCGCUGCAUCUCUCUUCUGCAUUGAAGAAGUGGGUGUUCUUAUAGAGGAGCCAUUUUCAAUGCUGGCUUUAGACGAGCUGUGUGAUAUGGUGCUUAGUAACAUUGAUGAAGCUGUUGAAUCCGAGAAGGUCAUACGCAACCGGAUCAUCGCAAAGAAGAGGAUCCGUGAAAUUAAGCACUCAUCAAAUGGUUGGCCUAAAUCUUGA